AUGAAGUGCAUACUUUUCCUGACUGCUUUGUUGCUACCAACUGCCUUUACUUUGAAUCCUUCGCCAUGUACCUUUCAUUCCGGCCCGAUGCCGGUGGAAGUUCGCGUAAUUGGAUGUCCACCGUCAGUACCACAGCAACCGUGUAUCGUGCCAAUGGGAUCAACGGUAGAUAGCGAGAUCGAUUUUGUGUUGCAGCGACCCACGAGCACCCUGACCGCAUCAUUAGACAUAUUUCUGGGAGACUUCCGCGUACCGUGGAGCCUGCCAUCGGAUCAGCAAGAUGCAUGCCAAGACCUGAUGCAUGGAGUAUCCUGUCCGCUGUCUAACGUGGGCGAACGAAUCAGCUACAAUCUCGUCACGGCGGUUUCGGCUCCGUUCGCAGAUGUUACAGUUGAUAUGGAACUAAUGCUGACUGAUGAUCAAGGCCAAGCGGCAUUUUGCUACCGCUCUCAAGCUACCAUCGUGAGUGCUUGA